AUGGUCCUCAGCUCACUUUUAGUUUUUGUCUCCUUAAGAACGACUCGAUGUGUCUAAACAUCUUACAAUUGUGUUGGAAUAGAGUCUUCUUGAUGGAAGGGCGUCCCUUUGUAAGGGAUUGCAUCAUUCUCAGGGUCGCCAGAGUGACAUCAGGAGCUUGUUCCUCAGCUCAGACUACCGCAUUGCGGCGCUGCCUUGCUUUGAUGCUUUGUACAACUUCCUCAGCUACGCUUAUCUUGCCAAGCCAUGAUAAGUCGAACUUCAAAAGGAUGAACACAAGCCUCUACCAUGCAAUUGCGGAACUGUACGAACACAAAUGACCUGAACCACCCCGAAUAAGAUGGGGCGCCCUGUGAUUGGAAAAAAGGAGCUCCUUCAAUGGGCGUCCGUGACGUCUGGAAAGGCGUGUCAGCGGCUCGAAGACCUGCACGACGGCUCCGUGCUGCUGAGGGUCUUUGCCAAGAUAUGGCCCCAGGUGUUCAGGGGCAAGGAGGACCGGCUCAAAGCUCACCUGUGGGAUGUGAAAAGGAACUGGGAGUCUCUGCGGAGCCUCUUCGUGGAGCUACACCUCCCUUCACAUGUCUUUGACCCCGCCGGCAUCCAGCGCUCUUCCUUCAAGCCUUGCUUCGCGAUCCUGGUGCUGUGCUUCUUCCUGCAGCAGCUGACAGAGAACCGCUCCUUCUCCUGCGACUUUGCCUACCCGAUCGACCAACAGCUGGCCGACUUCCUCCAGUCCCGAGCCUCGAUUGCGGCCCUAAACAGGCAUGGGUCGCUGAAAGAAAACAGGGCUCCCCGGGGGGUAGAGGAAGCCUCGCAAGAGGGGGGUGAUGCGCAACAGUCUGGUGGGGGGGACGGCGUGCUGGUCGAGGUGUCUAGAAAGGCGUUCACCAGGCAGAAUCAGAACAGUGCGGAAGCUCUGGCCUCUGGGGGAGGUGCCGACAUUGGGGAGUCGAUGAACAGAGAUAAGAAGCGCGGCUCGUUUAUGGGCCCAGGGAACGAGAGGGCUGAAAAUGGAGGGCCAGGAUUGGCCCCUGUGGAGUGGCGGACGGCUGGGAUGAAAGCGAAGGGGGAGCUGCUACUGGCAAAUCUCCGUUUCGAGAACGAUAGUUUACGGAGGCAGAUGGAGGCCAGCGUGCAAGAGAGGCACUUCCUUAUGACGAGAUACGAGCAGGAGUGCAAGGAGGCUGCUGCCGCUCACGACGCCGAACUGAAGGCUCAAGCGGAGGCGCUGCGGGGCGAGUUCGCCAUCGAGCGGCUGAAGCUUGCCGCGGAACGGGGCCGGGACCAGCAGCGGUUCGUCCUGGAGCUGCGGAAGGUGGCGGACGGGCUGCGCGCCGAGGCGCAGAGAGCGGCGCGCGGGGAUGACGCGCAGGCGACCGUCGAAGAGACGAGCAAGCUGCGGCAGCAGCUGCUCGCGAGCGCGUGCGCGCGCGCGGUCCAGGAGGACCAGAUCGCCGCUCUGGAGGCGCGGUGCGCGGGCCUGGAGGCGGAGCUGGUGCGUCAGCAGGAACAGGUCGGGGAACUCCACCGGGCGCUCGCGCAGGAGGCGCGUGCCGAUGUCGACUGCGCGGGGCUCUUGUCGGAAGAGGAGCCGGCCACAGCCCCGGUCACGUCUACCGGGCGGGAGGCUGCCCUCUUACGUCAGCUGCGGAAGUUGGCCCGGGACGCUACUCAAGCAGAGUUGGCGCGCCAGCGAGUGGAAGAGGAGCUGAAGCUGAAGGUGUGGAAACUAGAGGCGGCGGCAAAAGAGGGCGCCCGGGGGGACGAACCGUGGGAGACGUUCGGGGCGCUGCUGGAGGAGUUUGAGGAGGAGCACACGAGCGAGCGGCUGCGGUCUGAGGUGAAGCGCCUCCAUGCGGACAACACUUUCCUCCGCGAGCGCGCGGCCGUCUUCGACCGCCACAACCUGCGCGCGCACAAGCCGGACGCGCCCGAGCCGGCCCAAUCGGACCCCGCCACGUGGCUGCCCCGCGCGAGCGUCCUCAAGAGCAACGAGGAAGAUGAGCGGGUCGCCGCGGAACUGCUCGACCUACUCAAAGCUUUCAGUCACGCGAAGGCGUUUUCGGGCGACAACCACAGGGGUCCCUCACCCGCAUCGUCGCCCGAGGAAAACGCGCGUCUCGCGCGCCUGGAAGCGCAGAACCGCGCGAAGCGCGGGGUGGAGCUGUUCUGGCGGAUGGUGGUCGCGCAGACGGUGCUCAAGCAGCGGGUCGCGCGCGCGGCCGCGGAGAUGCGCGCGCUGCGGGAGGACGCGCGCGCGAGCGAGCGCGAGCGCGCGGAGGAGCGGCGCGCGGCAGAGGAGAGGCUCGAGGCGCUGGAGGGGCGGCACAAGGAGGAGCUACUGGCGAUUGCGAACGGCAGCCGCCAGGAGCUGGCCCUGCUGACGGUCAAGAAGGGCCUGCUGGAGGGCGACGCGGCGGACCUGCGCCGCGAGAUGGACGAGGCCAUGCUCGAAAUCCGGCGCUCGCGCGCGGCCGCGCAGCAGCAGCACGAGGAGAAGUUCCAGCUGCUCAAGAAACGGCUGCGCGAGAGCCGUGCCGAGUCAUCGCACCUCCGCCUGAAAGAACAACACUACGCGCGCCUUGCCAGCUGUCACAAAGAAGCCGCCGCGCUGUGCGAACACGUGGCAAUCACCGCGAUGACUGUCGCCGGCCCGGCCUUCCAACCGGGGCUCCCCCCCGACCAGGUCGUGGCCGUCCGAUGCGCGCCACGUGGCACGGUCGACGAGAUCCGAGGGCUGAUCAAGACGAAGGCGGAUCUCGACGCGCAGGCGGCCGCGUGCAUGGACGGGAUCCGCGCGGUGGAGGGUUUAGGCGGGGGGCGGGGUUUAAGCGAAGGGGAAGCGGACGAGUUGGAUCAGGUGGUUGGGGAGGCGACGGAGGUGCUGAAAACUGAAGUAACGCGCCUGGAGAAGGCGCUAGAGGCCUCCCGGCAGAAGGCGGACGGCCUGACCGCCCGGGCGGCGGAACUAGAGGUGGCGGUGAAGCAGCGGGAGCAGCAGCUGACGUCAGAGGGCGCGCUCCGGGCGCACGCGCGCAGGGAGGCCGAGCGGCUGCUGGCGGCAAACGCAAAGUUGCAGAAACGACUGGUAGAGCAGAAGGAAGUGGUGGAGCAGGAGGUUUCGCGCUUGCACGUGCAACUGAUGGGGGCCAUGAUGCGCCUCGACGAACAGAGCGCGAUCCUGGACGCGAGCAUGCGUCUUGGCAUGAUGCACGAUCCGGCGGAACCGGAACCGGAGCCGGAACGGAGAGCGGAAGAAUCCUCGAGAGCGGGCGCAGGCAGCCGGGUAUUGGGAACGGAUCCGGCGAACCGACACCGGAAUGGAGGUGCGUCCGACCGCAGAAAGGGGCCGGGACCCGAGAUGUCAAACCGCAAAUCAGAGGUUCCGCUUUCCGGUUCGGCGUCCCCGGAAACAGGACAUGGAAGGAACGAACGGAACGCGACUGGGACGGGGCCAAGCGAGGGAAACGGAGAGACCUCUGGAAAAGAAAGAACGAGCGGCGGGGGUUCUUGGUCGGAUAGCCCGGAGCGUCAGGGCAGGCGGGAAGCUUUAGGGGUUCCUCUGGGGCAGAAAUGGGGUGGAGAACUGCUAGAAGUUGCGGAAGAGGACAACUGGGAUAGGGAAGACCGGAAACCAGAAAACGACGACGAUGCCGCGGAUCGCAGAGAAGGGGAGAGUAUAUCGUACGGGCGGUUCAGAGUCGCAUCCCUGACGCCCAUUCCGGAGAAUGACUCACGACAAAUAACGCCGGAAGGGGCCGCUGAGGGGCGGGAAUCUGCCACGUGGCAACACGAGGAGACUGACAGGAGGAGUGAGGGGGAGACUGCUCCGUGGCAGGAGGAGACGGCGGAAGCAUCAAUAACGGAACGGAAUGGAGAGCGGAGUAUGAUCAACGAGGAAUGGGCGCUACGUGGGGGAGGCAAUGGUCUGCGAAAUACGGAGGGCAAAUUUGACAUCCAAGCGUUCCAAUGGGAAGCGAUUUCUGCUGAGAAGGGAACGGAGGUGGUCGGCCAAGUGGAACGGAACGGAACCGACGGAAACGGAACGGAAGACACUGCCUCUGAUCCGAUCAUUGCGAUGAUCAGGCGGAUUAGCCAAAGCUCCGCCGUAGAGAUGCCGGGGCAGGACGACGGUGAGUAUGGGACAGAAAUCGACGAUAACUUUGAAACGAGUCCGCUUGAGACGGAAGCGGAAACGGAGCAGCAAAGCGCAAAAGCGAAAGGUCGCGAGCUGGAGGGUUGUGCUGCAACAGAAGAGCCAGAUAUCAGCGGAAGUGACGACUUCAUUGCCACUUCUGUGGGGAGCAAUCGAAAUGAGGAGACAACAGCGCUAGUGGGAUCGAGUCAAGAGCCACCAGCCGACGAGUCACGGGAAAGCGCUCAAAACUCGCCUGUGAAGACCACCAUUCCGUCUGCAAUUGCAUGGGAGCAGUACGACCAAGAGUGGGUUGAGAAAAAGGUGGUCGGUACUAGCGUCCCGGGCACUUCACAUGCGGGGGAUCCCCCGGUCACCACGGGCGGUUUUAGCGCGCACGCGGAGCUCGCGGACGAGGCGCGGCCGGCCGCGUUCAGCAUGCACUCGCACGUGCUGCCGGACUACGUGGUGGACUGGGAUGUGCCCGAGUCGCCAGGAGAACUAGGGGCGGCGACGUUUUCGUUGCCACAGAGCCCGGUCUCGCCGCCGCCCUUUGCACUGCCGGACAUGGCGUAAAAGUGCGGUGUCCCGGGAAGUCCAAUGAAAGGCGCGAUCGCUGUUGCUGGAGACUCCGGCGUAACAUUGUAGCAGCAGAGGAGGGACCGUUUCAACAUGCCGAUACCGACAGUGGAUCGAGAAAUAUAAAGACUGGACCAGACUGACCGUAUGCAUCGAUGUUUCUGCGCAGAAGUGUGAUGCUUCUGCUUGCACUUGCGC